GCCUCAUUCAGUGCACCAGAUAAAAAGUGCUCAUGGACUGAGGCAGCUGUUCGUUAUGUUUUUUCUCAUUAUUUGAUGUGCAACCCCCACCUUAUUGGCUCUAUGCAGUCUCUGGACUGGCUAAAGAAUAUUUGUGCCAGUGUGGGCUUCUUUACUGAGCGCAUCACUGUAGUGUCUGAGUGCCUCACCCCACUAAUGUCUUUAUCUUCACAACUGGCCUGCGGAGUAGGGACGUAUUGCCUGCAUUUUUCAGACUGCAUUUUACUUCCUGAGCCUGGCUCAUCCUGUGUGUGUAGUUAGAGACACUAGCGUGAUGCAGACACAAUGGAAGGCCACAAUAAGGUCUUAAAUGUAAUUCUUUCUUAGGGAAUGUUUGUUCAGGCAUUUUAAACAGAGAACUAAAACCAGAGAUGUGGGACUGGAACAACCUUCUCCAUUGGACACCAGAGCCACCUGUCACUUGAGGUAGCAGAGUUAGUGGUAUCAGCAGCAGGCUGUUAACAUCCCUGGUCACUGACUGAACUCCACACAGCUGCAGGAACGAUGGCCUUCAGCCCUGAGAUGUGACCAGGUGGACAGUUGCUGUGUUUGGCCACUGCAGGGAGCCAUGAUUCCAUACGCCAGGCCAGCCAAUGUGUUACAUUAUGAACCAGCUCCGCAUUGCAGCCGCCCACCUCAGUAGGGAGGCAGGGGGCUUUCCCCUGCAGCCCCCACCCAAUUCUUGGGGGUCUCCACUUGCAGGAGCCCAAAGACACCAGGGCCUUCUUUCACGGGCUGCUGAGAACCCAGGAUGCACUGAGGGCUGCGUGUGCAGGGGGUGGAUCAUUAGUUUAGCUGGUCCUUCUCAGUCACUCUGCCCUCCCCUUUUGCUCCCUCCCCGUCAUAGCCAUCUCCCUACUCCCUCCUCCCCUUCCCUCUGGCUGAUUUUUAGCCUGACCUGCUGGCCUGGUAAAAUAAGAGGUUGUUUGUUCGGAAGCUCUGGAGGAAUCCUGGCUGGACUUGCAAUGGGGAGCACAAGCGUCAGGACACAGCUGCUAUCAUUCACACUGCUGCUUCUUCUGCAGCCUGCCGCCUCGUUCUGGCUCCUCAACGUGCUCUUCCCACCCACCGACACUCCACAGGCAACCCCCUCCAACAGCACCCCACCUGUGAUACUAGUGCCUGGAUGCCUUGGGAACCAGCUGGAGGCGAAGCUGGACAAACCAGAAGUGGUGAACUGGAUGUGCUACCGCAAAACUGACAACUACUUCCCUAUCUACAUCAGCCUUAACAUGUUCUUGCCACUGGGCUUUGAUUGCUGGAUUGACAACACCAGAGUGGUGUACAACCGUACCACCCGGAAAAUAUCCAGCGCCCCUGGUGUACACAUCCGUGCCCCUGGCUUCGGCAAGACCUACUCUGUGGAAUACCUGGAUGAAAACAAAGUAGCAGGUUAUAUGCACACCCUUGUGCAACACUUGGUGAACAAUGGCUACGUGCGAGACAAGACGGUGCGGGCAGCUCCCUAUGACUGGAGGUUUGGGCCCCAUCAGCAGGAUGAGUACUUCCAGAAACUGAAGGCAAUGAUCGAAGAGAUGCAUGACACUUACCAGGAUCGGGUCUACCUGAUUGGACACAGCCUGGGGAACAUCAACAUCCUCUACUUCCUGCUCCAUCAGCCCCAGGCCUGGAAAGACCGAUACAUUGCAGGCUUUAUUUCUCUAGGUGCCCCGUGGGGGGGAGCUGUCAAGUCCAUGCGUGUCCUUGCCUCUGGAGAUAACCAAGGCAUCCCACUGAUAACCAAUAUUAAACUGCGCGAGGAGCAGCGCAUGAGCACCACCAGCCCCUGGAUGUUCCCAACCAACCUGGCCUGGCCUGAAACACAUGUCUUCAUCUCCACACCAUCCUUCAACUACACCUACCAGGAUUACAAGCGUUACUUCACUGAUGUCAACUUGGAGGAUGGCUGGUACAUGUGGGAAGACACAAAGGACCUCCUGAAAGGGUUGCCCGCUCCCGGUGUGACGGUAUACUGUCUCUAUGGCACUGGCUUCCCAACAGUGGAGACCUACAUAUAUGAUUGGCGCUUCCCAUAUGAGGAUCCCAUUGAUAUGAUCUAUGGUGAUGGGGAUGAUACCGUCAGCACCCGCAGCAUGGAGCUGUGCAAGCGAUGGCAGAGCCAACAGAAGCAGAAAGUGCAUAUCUUUGAGAUGCAUGGUGUGGAUCACCUCAAUACGGUCUUCAGCAACACCACGCUAAGCUACAUCAAUGAAAUACUGCUGGGGAGUCUCGCAGACAGUUCCAUCACCCAGGACCAGGGAGGGGCUGUGCCAAAUGGCACACCAGACUCCAGCCCAGAGCCACCUCUGGGCAAAAAGAACCUUUCUGAUCAUUAGGUCUCAAAGGAACCCAAAAAUUGAUUGAAGGAAACGGGUUAGUUAGCUUCCUUUCAGACAAGCAGCCCUCUGAACAGCUGUCAUGCUGGAGAGCAAAGCGCUCAGAACUGAGGACCUGGGGUAGGACACACCUGCUUCUGAGGGACAGCACCCACUUCUGCUUUGACUGUUUUUGUUUUGCGAAUGGUGAUUAAGUGCUCCUCAUAGGCCUGUUACCUGCAUGUUAGCAGAAGGCAAAUCAACCACAUUGCUAGCUAACUACAUCACACUAGUGACCAAUAUAUCACCAUAGCACCUUCUUCACUGGUCAGUUAAUCCAUUCAAAUAAUAGGCGGAUAUGUUGGAGAAUAAUCUGCACUCUGGACUUAGUUUUGCUACCCAUGCUGAGCUGUACCUCACCAGCAAUUGCCACAAACACAUGUGGAAUAAGAGACAGCUCAGCAUCAGUGCACCUGCAUGAAUUGAUGGCAAGGGCAGCAGCUGAGAUGAGGAUAGUCACAGACAUAGGAUGCAGUGCUGUUGUGGACCCUCAGCAUUCAGAAAAUGAGCUAGGCCCCCCAAAAUCAUGAGAUUGGUUAAGCAAUGUUGGGUCCAUUUCUUUGCCUUCUGGUUUUUGAGCCUUUAGGGGAUCAUGUUUUUCUUCACAAGUUCACAGGCUAGAAACUGCUGCUUUUUUAGGGGAAAAAUGAGAUUCUCACAUAAUCAUUGGACUUCAGGAGCUGGGGUUUUAAGACAAAGCAGUAAAUAUCAUGUACUUGUGAUAAAAUCAUGAGAGCUGACCAAAGUCACACCUGGCUACAAUGGCAGAUUUUCACAAUAUGGUACAAACUGUUUUUUAUGGUCUGCAAAAACUGUACUCUGGUUCUGCCCAAGUCAAGUCAGAGUGAUUAAUAAAAAGUAAUAAGUAGGAGAUCUGGUAAUUGUGCAGCUCUUGCUCAGAGACUCUGCCUACACUAUCCGUUCACUGCAAUUGAUCUCUAUUGCUGAAGCAGGAGGAAGACCCACCGGAAUUACAAUCAGUAUUUUGAGUAUUGUGCCAUACAAAGAAUUUUCCACAUGGGUGAGACCCCUCAGACCUGGUCUGAGCAGAGUUAGAGACAAAGCUAGAUCCUCCCCUGCUGGGGCCAUUCUAGGGUUCUCCCUGCCUACAGUACUAGUGAGCCAACACAGUUCUGGAACAAUGGUAUAAACCAUCUGAAUGCUCUCUGAGCCUGUCUAAACCCAAUGCCAUGCUGUGGGAUGAAUUUACCCUGAGCUUAUAGCUUUUUUGUACCCACUUAGUCAGAGAAUAACUGUCAUGUAGCCUUCUCCGGAACCCCAGAUUUGGUGGGGCUCCACUUCGGCUGACUGGGGACUGGAGGGUGGAAAUCCAAAUGUGCCACCAGCUAUUCUGCAGAACAAUGGCCAUAAAGGGUCCCCAGCCUGUGCAGUGCUGUGCUGAGUUAGUCUGACCCUGGAGGCUGCUGAAGCAAGAGUUCCAGAGCAAGGAAAAUGUAGCUCUCUUAGCUGGCACUGGCGCUAUCUUGUGGAAGGCAAACACGGUGCAAACAGGGGACUAUUACCUGGGUUAAGGGGAAGCUUUUUAUGCAGGCAGGCAGCCUUAGACCCAGAGGGGGCCUAGUUUGUGUUUCCCAGAAGGCUCACUCCUUGAUUACAGUUUCAACUACAGGGGUGCACUAGUAGAGAUUUUCUUGGCCAAUACCGGUAACCAGGCAUAUUGGCCGAUCCGAUAGCUGACUUACAGGAGCACAGCCCAGCAGCAUGCAGAGCAGCACCUUGCAGGUAAGUCUGUGGGAGGCAGAGAGUGGGACAGAAACAGGGGAUGGAGCUGGGGGCACUGCCCAGCCAGGGCAGUGAAUGGGAUGCCGGGGUAGGAAGCAGGAUAGAGCUGCAGGCAGCUUAUCCAGGGAAUCAGUGUCCCAGUGCUUAAUGGUGAUGGCAGCGUUUGAGCCAAAGCAGGGGUGACGUGUAGGGGGUGCAUGUGCACCCACUACAAUCAGCAGCGCCUGCGGGCAGUCGCCGCUCUCCACCCUGCCGCCGACACUGCCGGUAGCGUUUGUGGGCAGUCUGUGAUCCCCACAGCUGCUGUUGCCACUGCUGCCGGAGGCGUCUUCAGGUGGUCACCAACCCCAGUCAGUGCUCACCACUCCUGCUCAUGCAGCUCAUGCUACUGCAUGCACACACAUGGCAUCCGGGGGCCUUGGCCACAAGGUAUAUUGUUUUUAUCAGUACACUAUUGGCUACACCAGCCAAAAAAGCCGAUAGCUGAUAAUGUUCAUUUUCUUUUUAUUGGUGCCAAUCUGAUAUGGCACCGAUAUGCUGGUGCACCUCUAGUUUCAACUGGUGGCUUGGGAGUGGCUGAAAGGGGAGUGAGCUGAGGCCAGAGUGGGGCAAAAAGAAGGUUGCACAUUGGGGCUCCUGAGGGGUGUCUGGGGGCUUAGCCCGUGGCAGGGCACCAGUGUUUAGAGCCCUGCUAGGGGCCUUGAUUUAGGACUCAGACCUGAGUCUGGGGAGAUCUAAGACUGCAAGCCUAGUGGGGAGAUUCCACCGUAGAGAGAAGGGAAGGCUGAAGCCUAGCUUGAACAGAAGUUAGACCAGGGCCAGGGGCCCAAAUGGAGCCAGAGGGAGCUUAUUGCCCAAGGUAGGGUGGAGAUGGCCCUGAUCUAACCCCUCCAGGGCUAGUGGCCUAUAGCCCAAGUAAGGCACAACCUGUGAGGGCAAGAUUUAGGCUGGGACCCAGAAGUCAGGCCCAGCAUAGUGGGCCUAGGCUAACAGAACCAGCAAGAAAAGAGGAGCUUAUGCCAGGAAGGCUAAGGCCCUGACAAGGGCAUAAAGACCUGAGGUGGCCUGGUAUUGGGUUGGGUCCAAGUGCCCACCAAAGUCCUUAAUUGGUAACGUCUGUGAAGUAUGGGCAUGGUGUAAGGGGUGGUGGAAGCCACAUAAUUAGCCCUUAAGGCUAACAGGUACCCUAGGAAAACUAGCUGGCAUCUAGAGGAACUGGGGACCUUUCUAGAGGUGCUUUAGGACCUAUUAAGCAGCCUAAUUCCAAUCAAAGAUUACAUAAAAGGCGUGGUGGGUGAGUGAGGAGAGAGCACCCUAAUGCUGGAGCAGGGCACAGGUUACAUGGCCAUUGGGGGUUGUUCCCCCAGCGGGACAUCCCCUUCCCUCUGUGCAUUGGGGGUUGUUACCCUGCUCGGGACGGGACAAGCCUGCACACGGCUCCGCCACCACUUCUGCUGGCUGGUGCAGACCUGGCCGGCCUCCUCCCAUCCCCAGCAGCACAUGGGAAGCUGGCUUCAACUGCAUGCUGCUUUUCUUGGCUGAUGCUGACCCGGUUCUGCCCAGGCAGGUCCUGCAGCACCAUGUCAACCCGGGCAUGGCACUGGCAGGCCGGGCAGGCCCCAGGUCAAUCCUGGCCUGGCCCCAUGGCUUCUCCAGCACCAGGUCAACCCAGUUGUAGCCAAGCGGCUCCUGCAGCACCAUGUCAACCCGGGCAUGGCACCCGGCUGGGCAGGCGCAAGGUCUGUGAAAAUACUGCCCAGUGUUUGGAUUGUGUUUGCUUCUGUUUCUCUUUGUGUGGGAUUGGGGGUUCAACUUGUUACUACUUGUUAAAGA